UCCGAACCGCUCAGUCUACGCGCAGACAACGCCCCGAGCGGUACGAACUCGAACGGAACUCUCUGCCCGCCUGCAGAUUGUGUCAAAAUGUGGAAGUGAUAAGAUAAGGUUAGGAUAAGUGGUGAAUUAGUUGGUGAAUAAGACUAGUUGGAAUUUUUCUGAAUUUUGAGUAAUUACGAAACGAACAAUGCGUUGGAAGUUGGUGGUGCUGUUGUUCUGUGCGGUGGCCUUGCUGGGCAGGACAAUUCCGGCCAGAGCCGAGGAGGGUGGUGACGAUGACGUCACCAGUGAAACCGAUGUCGAAAGUGCGAGUGAAAAUGUGGAAGAGGAAACCGAGUCUGUCGUUGUCCCGCAGGAAGAAAAAACGGAAGUAGUUGCUGCGGCGGCUGACGGGGACGACGCGGGCGACGACGACGGCGAGGAUACGCGAGUGGACGAAGAUGCCGUCGAGGUGGAUCCUCAGGCCGGGGCCGCCAAGGCCGAUGGCAAGAAGGGUCGCUACCUCAACUACGACUACUACUCGUCCAAUUUGGAUUCGUACGACCCGAACUACAACUGGGAAG